UCAGUGUUCCCUGACAAGCUCCAAAGUGCGUAUGUCCGGGCUAAAGAUCAAGCCGAUUUUCUACUCUAUAUCGAGGUAAAAGGCCGACCGAGCACCUACACCAUUACUUCAGCGUCAACCUGCAGAAAGCCAGGAACAAACGAAUGGAGAACUGCGUUUCCGGUGCUGCGGAUGGCGACUGGGCCCGGGUUUCAAACGUCAUAUCCCGGUUGACGAAAGACAAGAGCAAUGUCGAGCAACCCACGGACGAUAACCAUGACAUCCUCGAAAGCUACUAUAAGGUCUUCCGCAAGAGAUUUGUAGACGUCAUCUGCCGCCAAGUUGUGGAACACUUUCUGUUGGACGGCCGCGACAGCCCGCUGUAGACGCUGACUCCGGAGCUCAUCGCAACGAUGAGCGAUGCCCAGCUCGGCAUGAUCGCUGGCGAGGAUGCCACAACGAAGCGCCAGAAGGAGCGCCUUGGUUCUGAGAUUCAGGGACUGGAGGCCACGACGAAGGUCUUGAGGGGCUUGAAGGAGGUGCGAUAUGCACUGGUACCAUUGAUCGGUCGAGAGUCGGAUACUGAAUACCAUCUGGUGCAUCUUGUCGAGAUGCGAAAGAGAUGUAGAGUAGCCGUUGGAUUUGAUGGCAAUGGAAGAGAACGAAAAAGUACUUUUCGAUCUACUCUCCUGCGUCUUUGUCGUCGUCUUUUCCUCCUCGCCUUGGCCUUCCUUUAUCCCCUCUAUCUUCGUCUGUAUUUGGAUUUUCUCUUCCUCUUCCUCAUCUUCUUAAUCUUUUUUCAAUGAUCAUAUUCUUCCUUUUCUUCUUCCUCGUCCUCUCCUCCACAAUCUUCUUACAUUUCGUCCUUCGCUUAAUCUCCAAUAUGCGCUGACCUCCACACUG